AUGGAGGACUCAAGCCUGUUCCUGCAGUGGGCUGUGAGCACAAUGCAGCACCACGAUCCGGGAGUCUUGGUCGACAACGGUGGCGAUAUCCCAUCCCUCCAAGCUCUCCGAGAAGCAGCGGCCGUGGUCGUAGAGCCGACGGUGCUCGCAGAAGCGACUAAAAGUUGCAGGAGCUCCGGCGGCGGUGGAGAAAUCGGAUGUGUCAGCUGGUCCAUGUCACCCAACUCGGGUGGAAUGUCGUCAGCGCAUGGAGGCAUCCUGCCCAUGAGCUGGAACUUCGGCGCUGUAUCGGCGCGACCGAGUAGCAGCGGCGGUGGCACGCUGGCCCCCGUCGCCUCCCCUGUACCGGAGUUGGUGUGCGGGUCGCAGACGGCGAGGAGCACCGCCGGCACGGGUUCUGCGUCCGCGGCGGAUGCGAAGGGCCACAUCAUGGCGGAGAGGAAGCGCAGGGAGAAGAUCAACCAGCGCUUCAUCGAGCUCUCCGCCAUCAUCCCCGGCCUCAAGAAGAUGGACAAGGCGACGAUUCUUACGGAGGCGCUGCGACACGUGAAGGAGCUCCAGGAAAGGGUCAAGUCCCUGGAGGCGGCGGCCCGCACCAGCAACGCCGCCCAUGCCGUGGUGCUCUCCAAGAAGGCGAGCGUGGUCGCGCUAGGCGCGACGACGAUGGGAGCUCCCCGGUCGGCGCGAUCCUUCUCCUUGCCGGCGAGGAGCGCGCUGCCGGAGAUCGAGGCGAAGCUCUCCGAGAACAACGUGAUGGUGAGAAUCCACUGCGAGAACGGGAAAGGGCUGGUCGUUCGGGUGCUCGCCGAGGCCGAGGAGCUCCACCUCCGAAUCGUGAACAGCAAUGUCAUGCCUUUCACGGCGUCCACCGUGAUCAUAACUAUCAUGGCAAAGGUCCACGAUGGUUUUAUGGUCAAGGCAGAUGAGAUUAUAGGAAGUCUCAACUCAGUACUGCACCAACAUAGCAGCAACAACAACAUCGAUAACUAG